AGUGAAGACAACAAGAAAUUAAUCCAGAGCUUUCCUCAUAUCUCAGACCCCGUCCUCAGUAAGAAUGUCAGAGAGGGUUGACUGGUUACAAAGCCAAAAUGGAGUUUGCAAAAUUGCUGUCUAUUUCCCUGGAGAUGGCCAACCCCAGGACUGGAAAAUGUCGGACGAAUCCUUGUCUGUUUUUAAGGAAACCUCACAUGAUCCCAUCAGAGUGCUCAGCUGGCUCCGCAGAGACCUGGAAAAAAGCACAGCAGGGUUCCAAGACAUUAGGUUCAAGCCUGGAGAAUCAUCACUUGGUGGGGAAAUGGUCAACUCAGGAGACCCACGGAAAAGUUUCUGCACGGACUAUUACAACACCACCACGAAAGGCAGCCCAGGGAGAUUGCAUGUUGAGAUGAGUCGCAGAGAGAACCCUUAUCAGGGCCCCAGUGCCCACGUUGGUAACGGGAGCUCAGUAGAUGAAGUUUCCUUCUACGCCAACCGCCUCACAAAUCUCGUCAUAGCCAUGGCCCGCAAGGAGAUCAACGAGAGAAUUGACGGCUCUGAGAACAAAUGUGUCCAUCAGUCCAUGUACAUGGGGGAUGAGCCCGCACCCAACAAAAGCCUGAGCAAGGUGGCAUCAGAGCUGGUGAACGAGACCGUCUCUGCAUGUUCCAAAAAAUCCCCCUCCGAUAAGGCUCCGGGCUCCGGUGGCAGAGCCUCGGGAACACUACAGAGUCCCCCGAAUUUAAAAUACAAAAGCACUUUGAAAAUCAAGGAGAGCACCAAGGACAGCAGGAGUCCAGAUGACAAGCCUGCUUCUAAAAAGUCUUUCUUCUAUAAGGAAGUGUUCGAAUCUCGUAAUGCAGGCGAUGCCAAAGAGGGCAGCAGGUCCUUCCUGGCAGAGAGAAAGCUUUUCAGAGGGCAGGAGAGGCCUGAUGACUUCACAGCCUCUGCCAGUCAAGGGAUCAUGACCUUUGCUAACAGUGUGGUGUCUGAUAUGAUGGUCUCCAUCAUGAAGACACUGAGGAUCCAAGUGAAGGACACGACCAUUGCCACCAUCCUGCUAAAGAAGGUCCUGAUCAAGCACGCGAAAGAGGUGGUCUCAGAUCUCAUUGACUCCUUCAUGAAGAACCUCCACGACGUCACAGGGACCCUCAUGACUGAUACAGACUUUGUCUCGGCCGUGAAAAGAAGUCUAUUCUCUCAUGGAAGCCAGAAGGCCACAGACGUCAUGGAUGCCAUGAUGGGUAAACUCUACUCAGUGAUAUUUGCCAAGAAACCGCCUGAGACUGUCAGGAAAACCAAGGACAAGUCUGAGAGUUAUUCUCUCAUGUCCAUGAGAGGAAUGGGUGACCCUAAAAACCGAAACGUCAACUUUGCCUCCAUGAAAUCUGAAGGCAAAUUGAGGGGAAAAAUAUGCUCUCCUGCACCCAAACCCGAGAAGGAGAAGACCUGUGUCGAAACUCUGGGUGAGCACAUCAUCAAAGAGGGGCUGAACCUGUGGCAUAAAAAUCAGCAGAAAGAAGGAAAAUCUCCAGGUUUCCAGUGUGCACCAUCUGUAGCUCCCAACAAGCAGUAUAAACCUGCACCAGACUUUCCCCUGGGAUUUCCUUUUGAUCCUUGCAACUUCAGCCCCUCCGUGUAUCACCCAGAGAAACCUGAGAAUUUUAUGUACGAUUCAGACUCCUGGGCCAAGGACUUGAUCAUAUCUGCCUUACUUCUGAUUCAGUACCACCUGGCCCAAGGAGGAAGCAUGGAUGUACAGAGCUUCCUUGAAGCUGCUGGCAGCACCAACCUGAAGGCCAACAAAUCCCCUGUGGUUUCUGACGAGUCCAGCCUUAGGUCUCCUCAGAUGGGGGUUGAUCAGGAAGAAGCAGAAAAGAAGGAUCUAAUGAGUGUUUUCUUCAACUUUAUUCGCAACUUACUCGGUGAGACCAUUUUCAAGAGUGACCAUGGCUCUGAACCCAAGCCAACUAAGGAAGAAGACAGUCCCCAGUGUGAAAGACCUGUAACCCCUUCUCCCAUCAAAUUAAAUGAAGGGGAUGAGGCUGGGGGUACGUUUGCUGGGCUGACCAAGAUGGUUUCUAACCAGCUAGAUGGCCACAUGAAUGGGCAGAUGGUAGAACAUCUGACGGACUCAGUGAUGAAGUUGUGUCUCAUUAUUGCCAAGUCCUGUGACUCUCCAUUUGCAGAACUGGGAGACGAUAAGUCUGGGGAUGCCAGCCGGUCAACUUCAGCUCUCCCAGAUUGUUUAUGUGAGUGUUUGCCAACCAAGGCCACAGGGACAGCAGAGACCCUCCUGCAGAAUGCCUAUCAGGCUAUCCAUCACGAAUUGAGAGGUAUAUCAGGACAGCCCCCCGAAGGGUGUGCGGCACCCAAAAUUAUAGUCAGCAACCGCAACCUCACGGACACGGUUCAGAACAAGCAACUCCAGGCCGUUCUCCAAUGGGUAGCCGCCUCCGAGCUCAAUGUCCCUAUUUUGUACUUUGCUAGCGACGAUGAAGGAAUCCAGGAGAAGCUACUUCAGCUCUCAGCGGCCGCCGUGGCUAAAGGGCGCAGCGUAGGUGAAGUUCUACAGUCGGUGCUGCGCUACGAGAAGGAGCGCCAGCUGGACGAGGCGGUGGGCAACGUCACACGGCUGCAGCUGCUGGACUGGCUGAUGGUGAACCUGUGAUGGGGCCCGCCGCCGCUCUCCCCUCUUCCCGCGGUGGGCCCGGCCCUCGUCCCCUCCCUUCUUUCUCACUUCCGCAGCGCCCCUCCCCGCAUCCUCACAGAGCCCCAACAUUAUCUUCAUACCACUCACAUCCAGGACAUGUUAUCUCAUGCUAGUCCCUGCAUUUUGCAGAUUUUCCUGUCCAUGCGAGCAAGGACAUAAAAUAAAAAAAAUUACACACAAAUGGC